GGUCCAAACGCGUGAAGUUGGUCUGGGAUGUUUCGUGUGGAGCAGCGCUUUCCGUCAGUUUGCAGAGGAGUUUCCAAAUGCAGAAGCAAGCACUCCCUUGCCGGAGAUGAUUACCAGUUCCUACAACGAAGUGUAAUACCGUCAUAUCAUUUCCAAAAAAGCCUCCGCCGUCUUCCGAUUCCAAAACUUCAGGACUCAUGCAAUAGGUUCCUAGCUUCUGCCAAAGUUGUCCUUAAUGAUGCUGUAUAUACUCGAACAGAAGAAGUGGUUCGCUCAUUUGAAAAGGCCGAAGGACCAGGUCGGAAUCCACUCAAAACUUAG